CACCAGUAUUAUUUUGUUGUUGUUGUCUAUUUGCCUCGCAUUGAGCAGCACAAGGGCUUUCAAGAUGGCUACCAGUUUAGAAAGUUACAUGGGACAUAUGGUUGCAAUUGUCACUCAAGAUGGAAGAAUGAUAGUUGGAACAUUGAAAGGAUUUGAUCAAACUUGUAACUUGAUAUUAGAUGAAAGCCAUGAAAGAGUGUUUUCCUCGACAACUGGAAUAGAGCAAGUUGUGCUAGGCCUUUACAUCGUGAGAGGAGACAAUGUGGCAAUUGUAGGAGAAAUUGAUGAUGACGUUGAUUCAGGCUUGGAUUUAGGAAAUGUCAAAGCUGAGCCACUAAAUCCUGUUGUUUACUAAAGCCAAGUGUUUCAACGAAAGAUACACUGUAAGUGGAUGACUUCAGAACCAAGGAAAGCUAACUCAACGAAGUUUGAGAAUAAUUAUGUUUUCAAUCUUGAACCAAGGCUGCAGUUAUAGUGAAGAAAAAGAUCAGAAGAGGAAUAGAGUGCCUCCGUUAAAAUGCACCAAGACAAUUUUAUUGACGGUUUUUAUUUUAUAUCCUGUACUUAUAUUUACUUAGACAUCAUUUGUUUAUAUUAACAACACAUCUUGUUGUUUAGUGGUCAUGUUUGCUUUGUAAAGAUUCCAUCUCGAUGCGACAACGCUAAGAUUUUUGCUGAAUAAGGCACAAUAAAUAAUAAUUUGAAGAGUUCAGAUGAAGAUAGGAACAAAACGCAACAUAAAUAUAUUCUGUUGAGCUGAAUGCUUUUUCAUUUUUAUUCUAUACUCACAAUUUUUCAAGCUUCACUUGGGUAUAAUCCGAUGCGGGAACGUAGCCUCGUGACUGACCUUCUGAUGUCUAUGGCAUUCCCGAGCUAGAAAAUAAAUUUAGGUAUUGUACAGUAAUUUCAUUUCACUGAUAAACAAAUUAUUUCUAAUUCACAUAAGUUUUAAUUGUCUGCAUAAUAAUUCCCCCGUUUUUUUCGUAUUUAACGGGUUUAAUGAUUGGUACCUGCUACAUCUCUCGGAAAACGAUUCCAACCUUGCACAGUGCCUGACUCCAUAGGCGUGCUUUCUGACAUUUGUCUUAAAUCCUCUAUAAAGAUAUUUACUUUUUUU